AUGUGGCUCUCCAAGACAUGGCUUUGGGCUACACUAGCCAGCGCCACUUUGGUGUCCGGUGCGUCUUAUCCCAAUCAGCAGGGUCACGCUGGCAAGAAACGAAACGUGGACGCCCAUUUGGGUACUUUCCUGCAUAACCAAAUCAGUCCCAAUUACUCCGAACUUUAUAUCGCCGAAGCAGACGGAUCUAACGAGAAGCUCCUCCUCGGUUCCAACACCGUCUAUGAUUUCCGAGCAAGUUGGUCCCCAGAUGCAAGUUAUGUUUAUUUCACCUCAGAGCGCAGGGGAGACGGCCAGUCGGAUUUCUACCGUGUGGCAAUCAAUGGUACAAGCACAGCGGGAGCGAUAUUGGAGUCGAUUGCCUUGUCUCCUGUCGUGGAUGACUCUAGCUCGAUCUCCCCAGACGGCAAGACCCUGGCGUUCACAAUCACUAGAUAUAACCAGACGAGCCAAAUUAUGUUGAUGAACUUGAAGACUGGCUCAGCAAGGAAUCUGACUCUCGUUUUUGACAUAUCGGAAGCUGCGAGCAAUGCCGAUCCAAAUGGCUACUUCAAGCCUACCUGGUCUCCGGAUGGGGAAUGGAUUGUCUUCACAUCGGAUCGCAACACACCUUGGCGUGGUCAUAGUGAUGGCUCGGGCUGGGAACACACACAAGAGCUGUCUCUCUACACUGUUCGUCCUAAUGGCAGUGACUUCCGCCAUGUCUCCUCUCGCUCCAACUACACUCAAGGCUCGCCUAAAUUUUCACCUGAUGGGAAGCGCGUGGUUUUCUGUGAGAUGCUGACGGAAGACACCUACAAUGGCCGUCUUGAGCCUGAGCUACUUGAAGGGGCUUAUCUCAAUACUAGCAUUGUUUCCAUUGACUUUGCUACGGGAGGUGACCGUAUCGUCCAUGCUAUUGGAGAUGGAACGAAGAUCAGUCCUUCGUUUGUGACUAAUGAUACUAAUGCUCGCAAUUUGGUGAUUGGUUAUGUUAUGAAAGAGUCAGCCAGCAACGGUAUCUACUACACCUCCAUCUCAGGCAAAAACUAUACACAAUAUCAGACGAUUCCGAUGAAUACAAUGACACCUGCAAUUCGCUCACCAGCGUGGUCUCCUGACGGGAAGGGAAGUACGAGGGGUAGCACAUCUACUUCCAAGACACAGUAUUCGGAGCUCUGGAGCUUUGACCCUGACUGGGACUAUCGCCUCACUGAUGUUUUCCCGGCGGGAGCGAGAUCAGGAUGCCCAAUGAUAGCCAUGUCCCAGCAGAUGGAAGGUUCCGCAGAUACCAACCUCAUGCGACUCGCGAUGAACGGCACUGACCAGGUCACUCUCUUUGAGCCACAGGAGGACAUGAUCAACCCCUCCAUCGCAGAGGGUUACAAUGCACGCGCGUACCAGGCUGACUGGGGUCCCAACGAUACCAAUAUUACCUUCGGCUUUGGUGCAUACUUUGUCGCUCGCUCAACCAAUCCCGGCUUUAUCUACAGCAUUAACACCGAUGGCUCGGACUUGACCCUCCUUACUGGUAAUAACAUCACCAAUUACGGGUUCCCGUCCUUCAAUCAUGAUGGCCCCAAGGUCGUCUUCCGCACUUGGCCUGGUACCGCCGAUAACGGUACUACGGUCGGCUCCAUUGGAUUAGCUCUCUACGAUGUCAACACCCAUACUUUGGCACAGUUGACUACCGAGUGGGACAACUUACCAUCUUUUUCUCCAAACGGGAAGAAGGUGCUUUUCACGCGCCGUACCAACUGGGACAAUAUUGGGGAUAACUAUGACAUCUUUACUAUGGAUCUGGAUGGCAAUGACCUCGUUCAGGUCACCCAAUCUGUGGCUAGUGAUGCCCAUGCUGUGUGGACUCGAGAUGGUCACAUUCUCUACAGCACUGCUAUGUUCGGGUAUCAGCAAGAAACGCCAUUGUAUGGCGAUUCUAUGCAACCAUAUGCUAUUAUUAUGGUCAUGGAUGGCGAUGGUAACAACAAGACUCCACUCACUAACAGUUUGUGGGAGGAUGCCAUGCCCAUGUAUGUGCCUGCACAUAUCCUGGCGUCGACUUGUUAG